GGCUCCUACACCAGCAGCAGCCUCCUGUCCGUGUCAGAGUCGGUGGGUUACUUGGCUGGAGGCUACCUGAGAGACAGAGAGCAUGACCCUUACUCACGCCAUGCCUUCAAUAUUAAGGUGUCCAACUCUCUACCUAGUGACAGGUUUUACCAGACACCAGGGAUCCCAGGUGAGCCAUCUAAGUGUGGGCAGCUGGAGUACGACCUGGAUACACUACCUACUGUGUCCGUGGUGGUCACCUUCCAUAACGAGGCCAGAUCUGCCCUUCUGAGGACCCUAUACAGUGUGUUGAGCCGCACCCCAGAGGAACUGUUGGUGGACAUUGUGUUGGUGGACGAUGCCAGCGACAACCCCUCAGAUGGUCUCCUAUUGGCUGGGCUUCCCAAGGUGCGUCUCAUUAGAAAUGACCAACGGCAAGGGUUGACCAGGUCGAGGGUGAGAGGUGCCAACGCCUCCAAGGGUGACACCAUCUUCUUCCUUGACUCCCACUGUGAGGUCAACCUUGGCUGGGUCACGCCCCUCCUCGAUACCCUCCGUCAGAAGCCCAACAGUUUGGUGUGCCCCGUGAUUGACGUCAUCGACCAAGACACACUGGACUACCGGGCUGCUGGCACCGUCCUUAAGGGAGGGUUCGACUGGGGUUUACACUUCCGUUGGGUUCCUCUGACGGAUGAAGAGAAGGCAGCCAGAGUGGACCCUACCGCCGUGUACAGGUCACCAGCCGUGGCAGGAGGACUCUUCCUCAUCUCCGCACCUGGUGGCAGCAGCUGGGGAGUAUGACCCAGGACUCUGUGUGGGGCGCAGAG